GAUGAAUUUUAAGUACAUAGUUGCAGUGUCCAUUUUAAUAGCAUCUGCAUAUGCACGAAGUGAAGAGAACGACAUACAGUCUCUGAGUCAGAGGGAUGUUUUAGAAGAAGAAUCACUGAGGGAAAUCAGAGGUAUAGGAGCAUCCAUCCUAAGUGCUGCUAAAGUAGGUUUAAAAGGCUUGGCUAAAGGAUUGGCUGAGCAUUUUGCAAAUGGGAAGAGAACAGCUGAAGAACGUGAAGUGAUGAAAAGACUGGAAGCCGCAAUGCGUGAUCUAGAUUCCUUCGAUCAUCCAGAGGAAGCUUCUGAAAAGGAAACCAGAGGCUUCAAUCAAGAGGAAAAAGAGAAACGCAUUAUAGGGCCAGUAUUAGGUUUGGUUGGUAGUGCACUUGGAGGUUUACUUAAAAAGAUUGGAUAAUUAUAACCAGUAAAACUUUGCUUUCAUGAAUAUUUGUAAAAUGAAGCCAAUCAGAUAACAUAUAAUAAAGCAUAAAUAAAGCACAAAAAAAAGCUAUUUAAACAAGCUGCAUGUUCUCUACUCUGCUAUUAAAUAAAAAUCAUAUGAGCAAAA